CAAAAGACUUCGACCGCCGUGGAGGUUGGAUGUCUGGUGGUGUGUUACCAGGAGGAAGCUAAACAUUAUAAGGCGCGGAGGUCACUGUUUUAGUAAAAAAUUGUUUCCCACACUGAGAAAGAAGGGUGAAAUAUUGUGCAUAAAACUUAGAUUAUUGACCUUGGUUGGAGUGAACUCGAGAUGUUAGACACGAUGAAUUCAAAUCAAAAACUGUAAGGGGGUCUUUCAUCGGGGUGUGUCAGCAACUCUGACUGAAAAGUGGAACCUUGGAAUUGGAGAUUCAUUCUUUAUAAAGGGACGUGACUGGAGCGUGUGUCAUUUCUCCUGUGCUGUUUGUGUGGACUGUACCACACUCCCGCUCUAGACCAACAACGGCUUUUGCUUGCAUUUUCCAGUGUUUUUUCUGUCAGCAAGUACAGCACAGUUGUAACACUUCCAGCACAAGCCCCGAGCCCACUGAGGAGCAGACAGACACAGAAAUGGUAAAGAUGACCAAGUCUAAGACAUUUCAGGCAUACCUGCCCAACUGUCACAGAACCUACAGCUGUGUUCAUUGUAGAGCACACCUGGCUAACCAUGAUGAGCUCAUUUCAAAGUCAUUCCAGGGCAGUCAAGGCCGGGCCUAUCUCUUCAACUCUGUUGUGAAUGUGGGCUGUGGUCCUGCAGAAGAAAGGGUCUUAUUGACUGGCUUGCAUGCUGUCGCUGACAUCUACUGUGAAAACUGCAAAACCACAUUAGGAUGGAAAUAUGAACAUGCGUUUGAGAGCAGUCAAAAAUACAAGGAAGGGAAAUUUAUUAUUGAACUAGCUCACAUGAUUAAGGACAAUGGCUGGGAAUAAACCUGCAGAUGUGUUUUUUUUUUUUUGGAGAGACCACCACCAUUAUAAGACUGAAAUUCUGUCAGGGACUUUUUUUUUCUCUUCUUCUUUUUUUUCACGUCUCCUCUCAGAAUAGUCCCAGGGGAAAAAGAUACCAUAUUUUUCAGUUGGCGCUACUUAAUUUGCUUUUUAGAAUGUUCUUUCCUAUUUUUAAACUUUUUUUUUUUUGGACGGGGAACACUUGCAUCAUAUAUGGUUUUGCCCUGCUAUGUUCUCUAAUCUAUUUAAACAAUGUUGUUCGGAGAAAUUAAUUUUUAACAUCACAUCAUAUGCGUGAAUGCAGUGAAGUCCCACUUGGCUGGAUUGUGAACACUUCUUUGUAGGACUCUUUUUGAUGGCUGACUGGUAUUACUGGUUAGCAUUCUUCUCCUUGGACUCCUGCCUUAUUUCAACCUCUAGCCUUGACCUGCUUGCAUUUUAAGCAGUUUGUUCAGGGUGAAUGAUGGAAGUUAAAUUUGGUCAGAUGCAGCAAAUAAUUUUUUACAGGCAAGGAUGAGGUUGAGGUGAAGUGGAAUUGAACUUGAUGGAAAUUAUAUUUGCCUAUUCCUCUCCUGUUCUCAUUUCCCUCAGUGAAAAUGAGGUCCACAACAGCACAUCUUGAAUAUAGAAACUUUGCGGCUGGUUUUCCGCUAUCAAGAUUUGGAAAAGCAUGAAUUGAUGGUUGGUUGGGGAGGGGGUUAAUGAUUUUACUGUGUAGAAUCUGCCAAUGCACCCUAAAAUAUUCUUCCUAAUUUUGACGAGAAGCGUAAUUUAAUACAGUUGUUCGUUACUUGGCAAAUAUUUAUGUCCAACAUUGGGGGUGGGGUUGUUAUGAUUGUUUGUUGGAAUGGGGUGGGUUUGGGGGCUGAAGGUUGCUGGAAAACCUAACGCCCUGAGGGAUGUUGCAAUAAGUGUAUCCAAUAAUAAUCUGAAAGGCUUCUCCUUUUUGUACUUUUCAGACUACACACUAAAUUUGCAAAGAGACUGGCAUUAUGGACUAUUUAAAUGUCCCAAAGUAAAAGAAAAUGUAUUUAAGAGAUUUAUGACAGUUUGCUGCUAUUGAACUAAUCAGUAGAACAUAUUUAUUCCUGCCGUUUUUUGCAGUUUUUUCCCCCUUUAUGAUGUCCUGGCAUGUCCUUUCCAGAUGCCCAAUGCUGUGCAAUGCACAAUAUUGUUUAAAAAAAAAAAAAAGAAAGAUAAAAGUGAAUUAUAUGUCCUUUGCUAUGGGGAGAGAGAGAAAUGGCUUUUUUGUAUUUUUUUCCAAAUAGUAUAGGAUGCGUUAUUUGCACUUCUUGACCAAAAUCUGAUUAAGGUGGUAAGUAAAGCAUCCCCUGAAAGUCUUCUGACUUAGCUCUUUCUUGGUAUUCCUUACAGGUAAAUUUAGAUUGUCAUGAAGGGUCCAGUGUAGAGUAGAGUGUCUGUUACAUCCCUAAAAUGAAACUGAUUGUAUACAUUUAAACCAGCAUAUGACAUUUCUGUAAACUCCGAAUGUUAGUAGAGAAAUGUCACUAAAAUGUGGAAGUGGCAAUAGGGGGUGUUACAUUUCAUGGAAUGGCUAAAUGUUUCCAGUAGCUGAUAUGUAGAGAGGUCAGUCUGGAUACUGAACCUAUUAUACAGCAGGAUGAUUUCAUUUUUUUUUUUUUUUAAUAAACCUACUUGAAAAAAUACAGAUGGAAAAAACUUAGGAAAGAGUUUUCCCUGUAACGGUUUUGUACAUAUAAUAAACAUAUUUAAAGUUUUAUACGUAUUUCUACUGGGCAAGUGACUUUACUUCCCAAAACUUGAAGCACUUUUGUUAACUGUACCUAUGGCUUUAUUUGUUGAGUUUCACACUAUGGCACAGUUUUGUUGAGGAGCCAGUGGAAACAGCGUGAUUCUUUUAUUGUUGUUUUUGUUUGCUUUCUUCAGUUCUGACAGUAGUAACCUCUUUCUGGGACCAAGUGAACGCACCAUGAGCUGGUUUCUCCUGGAACAGUUGUUCAUUAGCCGUGAUCAGAGAGAGUAUAAGGGAGUUGCUCAUGAU